AGUACUCGAUUCUUACUUACUUCAGUUCGCGCAAUUUUAGCGUCAUUUUAUUUUUAAUUUGUUUUCCAAUACAAAAUUAACUAAAAUGGACUUUGAAGACAGCGCCUAUACCUUGGAGUUUUUCAAUUUUACGCCAGAACAAAUUACAAACGAACGUGAUAAUCUGGUAAAGAUGCUUAUUAAAAAAAGUGUUGAGACGACAAUGCGGAAAAUUGAAACACCGGCCACGUCUGCUCUGUUGGCACAACAAAAGGACGCCGUCAUGUGUCGCAUUCAGACGGACUGUGAAAAGAAACUCGAUUGCCUGCGGGAAUUGGACAGAAAAACAUUUCAAGUGCCGACGCAUGUGUUGGCCAUGAAGGAUUUUGAAUUGGAGCAGCAAUUGACCAGUGACGAUGAGGAAACAAAAGCUCAACAAUUCGAAGAGUUGAAGCUACGCUAUCGUCAGAACAUGGCCAUGCUGGCCGAGCUCAAAGCGGAGCAGACAAAGUUCACAUCGAUUGCGCCAUCUAUUGACAGGGAGCUGCAAAUGCAUCAUCUUAUACGAGAAGCCUGCGCCAACUCUGACCAUAAAAACGUUUACAAAUUCGCACUUAAUCUGCUAGAGAAUGUGACAAAUGAAUAAUGAUAGUAUGAAUAAUUAAAAAUUAAGUGCACGGUUUCAAGUACUGAUCGCUGAACCGCACAGAAGACACAGUAUUAAAGUAAAUCAUAGAUUCUGUAAAUACAUCCUAACAUACAAUCAUUA